UCUCUCGGUUUAUUGAAAUGUUUCUUCUGUAGAGCCCUGUUUACUAUCAAGAACUUUGUGAAUAUGCAAUCAUUGCCGACAAGCGAUUGUUACGGAUUCGGAAUUAAUUUUCAACGCCUUACGCUUUCUCCGGAAAUCGUUGUUACGCUCAACGAAGGUUUCAAGCACUUCGAUUACCAAUGGAGAACGAGCAAACAUUUAUACAGAGCGGGUUCCUCGAACGUGAAACCGACGUAGCGCUGUUCCAGGUCAGUAUGGAAUUACGUCAUCGAAAACGAGCUCGCUUACAAAAUGAUUGUAAAUUAGCCGAAGAUGAAAAGUGGAUCGGAAAUGUCCUCACGUCGAACCCUGUGAUUGUCAAACAUCUUAUGCGUUUCCUAACGGCAAAACAACUGUCCCGAGCAGUGGUUGUCUGCAGCCUAUGGAGAGAAUGCGCGCUUAAAGAGAAAUUGAGGCGGUUCGAAAUACAACAGUUUGGUUUUACGGUACACCAUGACAAUGGGGAGGAGCUUCCACCAUUUGGCACCUCAAGACCGUCGGAUGUCGGAAACCACUUUUAUCAGGUAACGGAAAACCUGCGGGCAGAACCGCGUGUCGUGUUCAUAUUUACAACGCAAAAGGUUGUUAGUAAAGCUGUUAAAUAUUUCGAGGACUUUUCAUCAACACCAGCUUACUUCAGGGCUACAGCCGAAUCCCUCAAACGCACAAAACGUCAUGUCUACAGUGUUGGCUUAUGCAAUCACUUAUCAACCUUACUGCCUCGAACGUCAGAAAUCUUUCUGUGCACCUCUUGGGGUAUGAUCUGCUGGAAUAAAGGUUUAGGACCUAUUGAGAUCGAGGACUGUGACGGCUUUUCUACACUCUUUCUACCAAAUAUGCCGGACGUCCAGUUUACCUCUUUCCGCCUUCUACAGCAAGACUGUGCGACGUCCCUUCGCGACGAUUACUUGUCUGAAAUUUCUGGUUUAUCGCAAGUGCAUAACAUUGCAGCUUUGGUGUUGUAUGCAAAUGAGAUGCCAGAUGGAGGUUCGGCACCGGCUAGACUUGUCGAUUAUACAAUACGGCGGAAUCCUGGAAUGGCCCUUGGGGGCGCACUCGUAUGUGAUUUCUCCGUUCCUGUGGACGGUGUCGAACGAGAGGUUGUCAAUAUGACUGGUCUCGCAAUUCAUGGUCAAGGAGUUCGUGCUGCGAGCGUCCUGCUUGAUCCAGAUUGUCGUGGACGUGAGAAGGUUCGAGCACGUCUGGCCGUUGUUGGGGAUCAAUUUCAGUUAACGCCUGGACGUUCUGUUGCCCUUCUAUUUGCUUGCAGUGGUAGAGGGGUCCACUUCCACCUAGCCCAGAACGUAGAAAGUAGUAUUUUCAGCGAGUUGUUUCCGGGUGUUCCAGUAGUCGGUCUCUUUGGCAAUGGCGAAUUCGGAUACGAUUCGCUUGGUGGACGUGGAAUACCAGGUAGAAGUCGCCAAUGGCAGCAUAGCUAUACGUCCGUAUUUGUUUUAUUGAACUUUGAGCCGACGAGUGGUCGAAUUUCUCCAGAAGAAUCCAGCGUACCCAGUGAAGGUCAUCAUUAGGUCAAUCGCGCUGGAGAAAGGCAUUGAGCUCUAACUUCAAAAACAAGCGUGGGUCGAAACGGGCUAAACGGCGCACAAACUUUAUCUACUGUUGUUGAUGAAAUGAUAUGCUAAUAGAACAGCAGAUAAAACAUUUAUAUUUUCCAAGCCAAUAUGUAGAGGUGAAUGUACUGAAAACGUGAGCUGUAAAUUGGAUGACUUCUUCUAACGUAGAUGAGCUGUAAAUUGGAUGACCUCUUCUAACUUAGAUUUCUUCUUUGUCAAACAAUUGUCGUAUAGAUGUACAAAAAUCGCUGACGACAAACGUCAUUAGUGUGAUAACGUUUGAUACCCAUUUGAUCUGUUAAGACGUGUGAAAAAACAAAGAACAAUACUGAGUUGGACCUGCGGCGUUAGAGAAGCACGGGCCGUAACGCUGACGAUUUGGCUACUUUAAUUACAAAGCUGCGCUUCGGCUUUGGUCGGAUAUUUAUUUUUAUUAUUUUGUAACAAACAAACACUUGUGUUUUGUGUCCAGCCAUUACUAUUACUGCAAAACUCUUUCAUGACCAUUAUAUAGGUACAUGAUCUAAACCUUAAUAUAUGUAUUAAGACUGGCGGUGCCUAUAUACUUUGUAGCGGAUGAUAGCUUCAUUGAGGGAAUAUUGUUUCAAUACAAUGUAGGUAAAGCGCGGUCUCACUUUUUCCUGUAGCAAGAGUUUGCUUUUACUGACUUACCUUUUAACGAAGAGAGCUCAUGUUCUACUAGAGGGUCUGUGAGACAGGGUCUAUUGAAACAGCGGGACGAUGACCAUUAGCUGUGGGCAUUAGUUUGCUUCACUGUAGUAGUAGUAGUAAAAGACUUUUUUUUUUUCUCUAACAGACGCAGAAACAGCAGAUUUAGUGUCAGCCAAUUACCAAUAAUCAUGCUGACUGCCUUUUAAUAGUUAUUAAGUAAGUUGUUCUCGACUUGUGACUGAAUUAAAAAUAAACAGAUGUUAUAUUACACCGCCAGAUGAACGGGUGUUUCCAUUUUCGAAGUAUUAGUGUUUUCAAAUUAAUUUAUAAUCUAAGCCAAGAAUUCGUUGGAUAUAUUCAAGCAGAGAGAAGUCAUGUACAGGCCUACACGUAACUGCAGUGUUAUUACGAGAUCACUAAUAGAACAAAACGUUCCAUUUUUUUUUUCUCAAAGCAGACGAGAAAUCGUUCCGC